AUGAACCAGACUCUGAACAGCAGCGAAACCCCACAGCUGACCCUAAACAGGACGAAUGCUCUGAAAGCAGCCUACUUCGUGUUCAGUGCCCUGGCCACGCUCACCUGUGUGUUUGGGAUGGUGGGCAACAGUCUGGUCAUCUGGCUGCUGAGCUUCCGCAUGCAGAGGACCCCCUUCUGUGUCUACGUGCUCAACCUGGCAGUGGCUGACCUCCUCUUCCUCAUCUGCAUGGCCUCUGUGAUAAGUCUAGAAAUCGUCCUCCCGGACAAGAUAAGUCCAGAAAUCAUCUUCCAGGACAAGAAGGUCAAGGCCCUAGAGGUGAUGAGGAGGGUGAAGUACUUUGCAUACGUGACAGGCCUGAGCCUGCUGACGGCUAUCAGCACUCAGCGCUGCCUCUCCGUCCUCUUCCCCAUCUGGUACAAGUGUCGUAGUCCCCGACGCCUAUCGAUAGUGGUGUGUGCCCUGCUCUGGGCACUGUCCCUGUUGAUGAACACACUGGCCACCUUCUUCUGCAGCCGGUUUGGGAGCCGUGAUGAACCUUGGUGCCUAACGGUGGACAUUGUUUUGAGCAUCCUUAUUCUGGGAAUCUUCACACCUGUGAUGAUGCUGUCCAGCAUGAUCCUCUUUGUCCGGGUCCGGAGAAGUGCCCAGCAGUGGCGCCGCCGACCCUCAAGGUUGUUUGUAGUCAUCCUGGCCUCGGUCCUGGUGUUCCUGGUCUGCUCCCUGCCCCUCGGCAUUUACUGGUUCAUCCUCUCCUGGGUAAACCUGCAGUCUCAGAUAGAGACCCUGUAUGUCAGCAUGUCCCGCCUCUCCUCGUCCCUGGGUAGCAGUGCCAACCCCAUCAUCUACCUUCUGGUGGGCAGACAGAGGAGCUGGAGCCUGCGGGAGCCCCUGGGGACUGUGCUCAGCAGGGUGCUGCAGGAGGAGGAGCCUGAGCUGGAGGGUAGGGAGAUGUCAUCCACAGGCACCGAUAAAGUGGGGCCUGAGAGCCAGUCACCCCCAGUUUCUGCCCAGGACGGCUGUGCCUGGACCAGCAUCUUGGAGGGGCCCAGCCAGGGCCAGGUGUGUGCCCAGGCGCUGCCCCCUCCCUCCUCGCAGACCCCAGCCCCACUCCUCCUGGGCGCUGAGCCAGAAGGCCUCCACGGCAGCCCAUUAGCCUGCCUGGUCGUCAUCCUGCAGGGGUGGUGGAGCCUGGGGAUGGAUCUCCCUGCGGACCAGAGCGGAGACAAAGAGUACAUGCCCUGGCCGGAGCAAAAGAAGCCGAGGGCUGGGCUGGACGCUGGGGCGGCUUCAGGGCCUCUAUCACACCUGGGAGUCCGGAUCCUCCGAGACCAGAGGCGCAAGUAG